AUGUUCAACUCAUUCAUUUGUGGCAGCUUUAAGAAUCAAUUAGAGGUAGAAGAGGAAUCAUGGAACAGCCCUUCUUCAACACCAGAAAGAUCAAGCGCUCCUGCAACACCAGAAAGAUCAAGCCCUUCUGCAACACCAAGAAAAUCAAGAAAGAGUUCCAAGACUAGCAAGAAUAGCAAGAACCCAUAUUCGUCCCGUGGCCUUGACAAGUUCUCUGCACUUCUAGCGGAACUUGAAGAGAAAAGGCAGAAGAUAUAUUCACAGAUGGGGCCUGAAGAUGUACCCAUGGUUCGUUUCGUCUACUCAAGUUCAAAUGAUUGUAUUCCUCUUAUAAUCAAGGUUAAAGAUCAAAAGCAAGACAAACCCAGGAUCAGUAGCGCUAAUGAUAUCAAAGAAAACCCCAACACUCGCAACAAUGAAGGCUUGGAUAAGUUGCCAAUAGAGGUACCAGUUGAAGAGAAACAAGUCGAGCAACCAAGAAUGGAAACUGCUAGAAAGCCUGAGAAGAAAUCUUUUACAUGGAACAUGAAGUUGCACCGAUGGCGAAGACCUUAUUAUUAUAUGCCAGUUGCUCUCAUCUUGAUUUUGUUAUUGGUGGUUCUGUUUGGGCGAUCAGUUGCUAUAUUAUUGACCUCUCUUGCCUGGUAUAUAGUCCCUGCAUUGAGUACAAAAAAGCCAUCACAGAAGAAAGAUUAUGUCAGAAGAUUAAGUGAGCCCAAGAUGAUGUUUAAUCAUGGGGUAUCUUCUCCCGCGAGAAAGAGUACUGGCUCUACGGCCGAUAAAUGGCCUCGACAACACGGGCAACAAAAAAGCUUCUGA